UGGCGCAUGCGCGGUCCUGUCAGUGAAGACAAUAUGGCGGACGAACAGGAUCUGGCCAGUUUGGAGGUGCUGUGUAAACAGCUGUAUGAGACCACCAAUGCCUCCGAGCGACAGGAGGCUGAGAAAGCCCUGUUGAACUUCACCAAUGCUCCAAACUGUCUGAGCAAGUGUCAACUACUGCUGGAAAGAGGCACGUCUGGAUAUGCCCAGCUGUUAGCUGCCUCCUCCCUUACCAAGCUGGUGUCCAGGAACUCUGCAGGUUUACCACUGGAGCAGAGGAUUGACAUCAGAAAUUAUGUCCUGAACUACUUAGCUACAAGACCAAAGUUGGCCAACUUUGUCACGCAGGCUCUGAUUUUGUUAUAUGCCCGCAUCACAAAGUUGGGCUGGUUUGACUCGGAAAAGGAGGAAUUCAUCUUUAGGAAUGUGAUCGACGAAGUGACAAAAUUGUUACAGGGCUCUGUUGAGCACUGUAUCAUUGGGGUUCAAAUCCUGGCUGAGCUGACCAAUGAGAUGAACCAGCCAGACACAAGUAGGCCACUCACCAAACACAGAAAGGUUGCGUCAUCUUUUCGUGACACGAUGCUAUAUGAUAUAUUCACUCUGUCCUGUACACUGUUGAGACAGGCUUCUGGGAAGAACCUUAAUUUCCAGGAUGAGAACCAGGUACAUUCCUUGAUGACCCAGCUGCUGCGGCUGGCGCACAGCUGUCUGACCUUCGACUUUAUCGGAACGUCCACGGACGAGUCCUCGGACGACCUCUGCACCGUCCAGAUUCCGACCAAUUGGAGAACAGUAUUUCUUGACCUUUCAACUGUGACCUUAUUCUUUGACCUGUAUGAGACGUUACCACCCUCACUGUCCCCGCUGUCCAUCUCAUGCCUGGUGCAGAUAGCCUCUGUCAGGAGAUCCCUGUUCAACAAUGCAGAAAGGGCAAAGUUCCUUUCUCACCUGGUGCAGGGGGUUAAAAGGGUCCUCACCAACCCUCAGGGUUUGUCGGAGCCAAGCAACUACCACGAGUUCUGCAGACUCCUGGCCAGGCUGAAGUCUAACUACCAACUGGGGGAGCUGGUCAAGGUGGACAACUACCCAGAAAUCAUUGCUCUCAUAGCAAAGUUCACAGUGGAGAGUUUACAGAUGUGGCAGUUUGCCCCCAACAGUGUGCACUACCUGUUGAGCCUGUGGCAGCGUAUGGUGGCAUCUGUUCCGUACGUGAAGGCCACGGAGCCACACCUACUGGAGACCUACACACCCGAGGUCACCAAGGCUUACAUUACAUCUAGACUGGAGUCUGUUCACUUAGUCAUGAGGGAUGGGUUUGAAGACCCCUUAGAAGACACAGGGUCCAUACAGCAACAACUAGAUCAGCUAUCCACAAUAGGCAGGUGUGAGUAUGAGAAAACGUGUACACUGCUGAUCCAGCUGUUCGACGAGUCAGCGCAGGCCUACCAGAGACUCAUCCAGACUCCCGCACCAAACGGCACAGACUUAGCAAUCCAGGAGGGUCGCCUGACAUGGCUGGUGUACAUCAUAGGGGCUGUUAUUGGUGGACGGGUGUCCUUUGCAAGCUGUGACGAGCAUGAUGCCCUGGAUGGAGAACUUGUCUGCAGAGUUCUACAGUUGAUGAACCUGACAGAUUCCCGACUGGCGCAGGGAGGCAGUGAGAAACUGGACCUGGCCAUGCUCAGCUUCUUUGAGCAGUUCCGCAAGAUCUACGUAGGAGACCAGGUGCAGAAAACCAGCAAGACGAGUUGGCGCUACCUAGUGCAGGCUGUCCGUAAGGUGUACAAGAGACUGUCAGAAGUUCUGGGGCUGAACGACGAGUCCAUGGUUCUAAGUGUGUUCAUUGGGAAAAUUAUCACCAACUUGAAGUACUGGGGCUCGAGCGAGGCCAUUAUAUCCCGGACACUCCAACUCCUCAGCGACUUGUCUGUUGGCUACAGCAGUGUGCGCAAGUUGGUAAAGUUGGAGGCUGUCCAGUUUGUGCUGAACAAUCACACGAGUGAACAUUUCCCAUUCCUGGGUGUGAACACGUCCAACCCCCUGGGGGACAUGCGGUGCCGCACAACUUUCUACAUCGCCCUGGGGAGACUGCUGAUGGUAGACCUGGGGGAGGACGAGGAGAGGUUUGAACAGUUCAUGCUGCCGCUCACCACUGCCUUCGAGUCUGUGGGACAGCAGCUCGCUAACAUGGACAGGGGAGGGCCCUUCAACGAGGAGCAAACAAAGAGAACCUUGAUAGGUUUGGCUCGAGACCUGAGAGGGGUGGUGUUCGCCUUCAACACAAAAACCAGCUACAUGAUGCUCUUUGACUGGAUGUACCCCUCGUACCACCCCAUCCUGCUGAGAGCUGCAGAACUGUGGUACCACGACCCCCUGGUCACCACCCCGGUACUCAAGCUGAUGGCAGAACUGGUCCAGAACCGGUCCCAGCGGCUGCAGUUUGACGUGUCCUCCCCCAACGGCAUCCUCCUCUUCAGGGAAACCAGCAAGAUGUUGGUCAGCUAUGGAAGCAGAGUGCUAACAUUAGGAGAGGUACCAAAGGACCAGGUCUACGCCCUGAAGCUGAAGGGCAUCGCCAUCUGUUUCUCCAUGCUGAAGGCCGCGCUGUGCGGAGGCUACGUCAACUUCGGAGUCUUCAGACUAUACGGGGAUGGCGCUCUAGACGACGCCCUCAACAUAUUUAUCAAACUACUUCUGGCCAUUCCACAUAGUGACUUACUGGACUAUCCCAAGUUGAGCCAAGCCUACUACUCGUUGUUAGAGUGCCUUGCCCAGGAUCACAUGAACUUCAUCAGUAACCUGGACCCUCCAGUCUUCAUGUACAUACUGUCUUCAAUACAGGAGGGGCUCACUGCUUUAGAUACGAUGGUAUGUACAGGGUGCUGUGCCACACUGGACCACAUUGUCACCUACUUAUUCAAGAGAUUAUCCAAGGGGAACAAGAAACGCCCGACGGCCUCCUCUAUGCAAGAAAAUGAUGCAUUCCUGAGAAUACUGGAGGUUCAUCCGGAAAUAUUCCAACAGAUGCUGUCCACAGUGCUGAACAUCAUCAUGUUUGAGGACUGCAGGAACCAGUGGUCCAUGUCCCGCCCACUCCUGGGCCUCAUCCUUCUCAAUGAAGAGGUAACUACAUCCUAUUUCAAUGAGCUGAGGAAAACCAUCAUCAGCUCCCAGCCCCCAGACAAGCAGCAGGCCAUGGCUCUGUGCUUCGAAAACCUGAUGGACGGGAUAGAAAGAUCUCUCCUGACGAAGAACAGAGAUAGAUUCACACAAAACUUGUCUGUCUUCAGAAGAGAUGUGAACGAUUCUCUUAAGGCCCCCUCCAACUCCUCCGUAGGAUUAAACUCUGCCGACAUGAUGAACUGAUGUCAUCCAAAAACCUGCCAAUCUGCAAUAUACACUGUCACUCUGUUAGUACUUAGGCCUGGUCUGGACAGGGUUCAGAAUCUAAACCCAGCAAGAAUAGUUGAAAACUUGAGACUGGUUGAACGAUCAUAUCUCCAUUGUUUUCUUUAUCAGUUGCUAUGUGUCAUUGGAAAGCUUGUUCACCCUUUGGAAUGGUACGCAAUCAUUUGAAAUGAUAAUUUUUUGUGGGGCAAGCACUUGGAUGAUGUGAGAAGGCCACAAAAUAAGGUGCUGAAAUUCUCAUCUAAUUUUUUGUUUGUACGCACAUUAUACAUAAUCAUUGCAAAGCUGGCCUAUAGUGUCCUUUGAAAUAAUGCCUCAUUGAUAGCCCUCAUGCAUUUGUGGGCCAGGCAUCAUAUGUUUUAUUUCUUGAGAGAGGUGGGAGGCGCAAACUAAAAGUGCCAAAUUUCAAGGUGUUCGUAGUGUAUAUUCUGUUACAUGUAUAGGAGACUAGCUGUAUUGAGAAUAUGGUACAUUGGGCAUUAGCAAAGGAAAUGUCAAAAUCGACUUGGUAGCAGAUGAGAGAGGCACUCUGAAAUCCAACACAGCUUCACAACAGAGAUGAAUUUCUCCACUUCUGUUUUUUGUGACCACUCACAAUCCUUGAAUGUGUAGUUCUGCAAAUGAAGGAUCAAAUGGAGGAUCACUAGAUAGAAAACGUAAAAAAGCUUUCCGAUGACAAAUGUGUAUGAAACAACUGUACACAAUCGAUGAAGAAACAACAACAGAGACAUGAUAGAAUGUUUCCCACCUUUUUUUGCUAGGUUUUUAACUUACAACACUUGUAUAAAAAGAUGGGAAGUAGAUGGGAAUAGGCAAGUUACAAAAUUUCAGCUUUUAGAUUAGAUUCAACACAUGUCAUAACUUCUGUGCAAGUUCGAACUUUUAAAGUUCCUAGAACUACAUGCACAUUCUGUACCAUGGGUAUCCGUACUGUGAUCUUGAUGGCACAGUGCGUCUUGUCUCUCUCAGUUGUAAUUUCUUCAUACACUUCUAUAUGAUCAUGUUAGAUAUUCUUGAGCUCCCUACCCACCCCCCGCAUACAUGUACUAUUCUACCAUGGGUGCAUGGACAAUGUUUUAAACGCAUCCUUUUGCACGGUAUCUUUUGUUUGCAAGUUAUAUUAGGUCAAAACAGCUUUCAGAGCUUUGCAAAAGCGGACUAGUCUUUUAGCUGUAUUGCUCACCACCAAAUGAACCUGUCCAUUGAACCAAGCAGAUGUUGGGAGGUAUGAUUUAUACCAGUUGCAUAGAAGAGACACACUACCAACACAGAACCAUCGUUCAUGAGUUAAACAUACAUGUAGAGAUUCAAACGUCUUGAGCUUGCGUUGAAUCAAACUUCCAAAGUUACAUGGGAAUACAGUAUCUUAUGAGCCAAUUGAAAGCUAUUGAAAUGGGAAAGUUACUCAGUGUAAAAGAAUACUCGCUAAACACAAGGUUGUUUCAAAAAUACUAUAUUUUUACGCAGUCAGAGAUGAUGACUGAGCACAUUGGAUUGUUGGUUUCUGCCAGAAGAGAAGGAGUGUAAUUCCUGUUGUUAAACUAUCAAGCUUAUUUUACCAACUCUGAUGAUAGUGUGUGUAUAUAAUACAUGGCACUGAAAUUCAUACCAUGAUGGGAGUGAAUAUGGUGUGAAUGGGUAACAGAACUGUACAUGACAAAGGAUAACAGAUUUCAUUGACAACCAUGGCAUAAAAUCACAGCUGGCUUCUGAUUGACUGUCAGUGACUUUCUUCUGAUACUUUUCAAAACUGCGGCUAGCUGUCACUGCUAAGAAUGCAGUACAAAACAUGAAGAGUUGUCGUAUAUGUGAUCCAAAGUUCAAUAUACAACAAUUUCUUUACGUCUUGAACCACAUUGUUAGUAGCGACACCUAGCUGCAGUGUGGAAUACUGCCAGUUUAGCCCGGGUUCCAUCCAGAUAGUAGUUUGCAACAACGUUUAUUAUGCAGUGACAUCUCAAACGUCCGGAACCGGAAGGGUGCUGAUUGGUCUUUACACUAGCAAAUUAAGGAAUUGGUUUAAGUGCUCAUUCAAACAGGUGUUCCAACACCUGAAACCCCCUCCAUCUGCUUGCAGAAGGGCCUGUUGUCAUUGAAAGCCCAUUCCUUAAUUUGCUCAUUAACUGACGCCAUCACCAAAAUAUUUAGAUACACAGUUCUCCAGACGGGUAGCAGAAGUGAACAUAGGAGCCAACUACUACCCGGAUGGUACCCAGGCUACCGGUACUGCCAGUUUAUAUUUCCCUGAGAAAUGGGACUAACAGUCCGCAAAAUGUCGGCUGUGCUGUGACUUUAUGUCUUGGUUGUGAAUAAACCGUUCUUAUCCAGUGAUUCCCCAACCCGAUGACAUCAGUCACAGUUGUACAUGUACAUGUUAAUGUCUGUUCCUGAAAUCCAGUGCAUAUUAUGGCUCUUCAGGGAUGUAAUUGUUGCAUUCUGAAUCAUGACAAGUACAUUAAAAGGGAAUUUAUGCCUGUUCAGUCUAGUUUUGUCAGCUGGAACCAUAUAGCUAUACAUGAUGUACAUGUAAGCAAUUUGUAGAAUUUGAAUACAACUUUUGAUAAGAUUAAUAUACUGUAAGGUGGUCGGAGAUAUGUCUUGUAUGUAUUGCUUUCUAUACGAUAUUAAAAUGCGAGACAACAGU